AUGGAGAAGCACGCCAUCACUACGGACACGACUUUGGCUGCCGAAAUCAGCCAAGUCAUCCUUUCGCCCGCCCUCGAACGGGCAUACGUCCGCAAGAUGGAUCUCUGGCUGCUUCCCUUUUUGAGUGCCAUGUACUUUUUCAACUCCAUCGACCGGAGCAAUCUGGCCAACGCCCAGACCGAUGGCAUGGGCAAGGACUUGCACCUUGUCGGCGAGCAGUACUCGCUGCUCGUGCUGCUGUUCUACAUCCCCAACGGCCUGUUCGACCUGCCCCUGAACCUGCUGACUAAGCAUUUUUCCGGCCGCACGGUGUUGCCGGUGCUGAUGACCGGCUGGGGUGCCAUGUCGCUGAUCCAGGUGGGCUGUCGCAGCUUUGCGAGCAUGCUGGUGGUGCGGUUGAUUCUGAGCGUCUUUGAGGCCGGCUUUUUCGCCGGGACGGUCUUUUACCUCACGCUCUUCUGCACACGUGGCGAGCUGGGCUUCCGGAUUGCGCUUUACUUUGGCAGUGCCUUGCUGGCAGGAGCUUUCUCUGGUGUGUUGGCCUUUGGCGUCUUCCAGAUUGACGAUCCUCACGUCAAGGGUUGGCAGUGGCUCUUUAUUAUUGAGGGCGGAAUGACUGUACUCUUUGGCCUCGCCGCCUUUCUGUGGCUGCCAGCAAGCCCGCAGACAGCCUGGUUUCUGAGUGCAGACGAGAGGGCAGUCGCAUCGCAGCGCUCUCUCCGUGACGGCUCCUCGGCCGUGGGCGAGCGCCUGGACUUGCAGGCCUGUCUGGCGACGUGGCGCGAGUGGCAGUUUGCGCUCUGGUGCGUCAUCAGCUUCACGUACCCGGUGGCCUUUGCGACGACAGCCAACUUCCUGCCGCUCGUUCUGCGCCGCCUCGGCUACAGCACGGUCAAGACGAACCUGCUGACAGUGCCGCCGAACGUGGCCGGCUUCGUCGUGUUGCUGGCCGUGACGUACAGCUCGGAUCGUCGUCGUGAGCGCACGUUUCACAUCAUCGGCAGCCUGCUGCUCAGCCUGGCCGGGCUCAUCAUCCUGGUGGCCAUCGACGCCGAGGCGCAUCGAGCUGUGGCCUACUUUUCCUGCUUUCUUCUCUGCUCGGGGGCCUAUAUCCCCAGCUGCCUUGUGCACAGCUGGCACAACAACAACAACCUGCGGGAGUCGUCGCGGGCGGCGACGACGGGCCUCCUCGUCGGGCUUGGCAACAUCGCCGGCAUACUCUCGGCGGCCACGUUCCGCACCCAGUACGCGCCCCGGUAUGCGCCGACACUCAUCGCGACAGCCUGCUGCAAUGUCGUUUGCAUCGUCUUCACGCUUUGGCUAGGGCUCUGGAUGAGGGCAGAGAACGGCCGGCGGGAUCAGGCGCAGGGUGUGCGGCUAUCGGCCGAGCAGGUGGACACGCAAGAGCUAGAGGGAGUGAAGGAUAGUUCGAUUGGAUACACACACACAGAGUACUCACAUGCUCGCAUCGCUCGCAAGGAAGACGGCGGCGCCCUUGAUGUCAUCUGGCUCGGCGACGCGAUGGUUCAUGAUCUCAUCCUUCCAGCUCUCGAGCAGGUCGGGAAACGGGGCGGUCAUCUCGGUGCGGACGUAGCCGGGGCUGACGGAGUUGACACGGAUGCCGUACUGGUGCAGCUCGGCGGCGAUGGGCGGGACCAUGGCGCGGACGCCGCCCUUGGUGGCGCAGUAGGCAGACGACCACUGGGAGCGGAUGGCCAUGUAGGAGGCGAUGCUGGCGACGAGAACGAUGCUGCCGCACUUGGUGCCGUUGGCGAUCAUCUGCUUAGCGGCCAGCUGGGCGGUGAAGUAGACGCCCUUGACGUUGACGCCGAGCAGGCGCUCGAAGUUGGCGGGCGUGGUGUCGAGGAACUGGACGUGCUGGUUGACGCCGGCACAGGCGACCAGGAUGUCGAGACGGCCGUCGAAGUCGGCCUUGAGCUGGGCGAAGCCGGCCUCGAGAGCCUCGUACGAGGUAACGUCGACCUUGUAGGCCUUGGUCUGAACGCCAUACUUGGUGGCGAUCUCGGCAAAGCCGGCGACAGGGUCGAGCACGUCAAAGACGGCCACAUCGGCGCCGGCUUCGGCGAGACCCUGGGCAAAGGCCAGACCACAGCCACGAGCACCACCGGUCACGAGGGCCAUGCGGCCUUUGAGCGAGAACUGGGGUGUCAGCGGGCGUCGAGAUGGAGGUGGGAGGCUAACUCACCUUGGACAUGA